CUAACUAAAAUCUUAUCUUUGUGCAAUCUGCAUAAGUGUAAUGUGUUGAAUAUACAUUCAUUUGAAGUGAAUUUUAAUUAAAGUAUAUAGAUAAAUAUCCAAAAUGUCUAAAAUCAAUGAAAGAGACAGGGCACCUAAUUAUCAAACAUAUAAAUUAGUCAUAGUAGGUGGAGGAGGUGUAGGAAAAUCUGCUAUUACACUACAGUUUAUUCAGAGCUAUUUUGUAACUGAUUAUGAUCCUACAAUUGAAGAUUCUUAUACAAAACAAUGUGUUAUUGAUGACAUACCUGCAAAAUUAGAUAUUUUAGACACUGCUGGUCAGGAAGAAUUCAGUGCAAUGAGAGAACAAUAUAUGAGAUCAGGAGAAGGAUUCUUACUUGUAUUCUCUGUGACUGAAAGGUCAAGUUUUGAGGAAAUAUUCAAAUUCCAUAGGCAAAUCUUGAGAGUUAAAGAUAGAGAUGAAUUCCCAAUGUUGAUGGUUGGGAAUAAGGUUGAUCUCGAACACCAAAGAGUAGUUUGGCAAGAAGAGGCUCAGCAGCUUGCCAGACAGUUGAAAAUACCUUAUAUUGAAUGUAGUGCCAAAAUGAGAAUGAAUGUUGAUAAUGCCUUCUAUGAGCUGGUUCGUGUUGUAAGAAAAUUUCAGUUGUCUGAGAGACCACCACUCAAACCAAAUUUUAUCAAAAACAAAAAAAAGUGUUGUAUGUUGUAGUUGUUUCAAAUUGAGCUCUUUUACAUCACAUCACUGGUGGUCGAUCCAGUGACUAUUUUUUAAAGAUUGUGAUUUAUUGGUGCACAUAAUGAGCCUGCAUGUCAAUUUUAUUUAAAUUUAUUUAUUUGAAUUUUUGUUUGCAAAAUUACAUUUUUUCACACUGUUAUUCAUUUCACAACUAUAAUUUCUGAACAUUUAAUAAUAGCUGUUAUCUCAUGUAUUUUCACCAAGGACUAUUUUCACUGCCUUUCACUGAGUUUUUCAUUGAAUAGAUGAUGGUAAUGGAUAUGGAUAAUUUACUUAUAGCUUCCUGAUGACAAUACUGUUGAAAUAAUUUUCUCAAACACUGCAAGUUCAUCUGAUUUACUCCACUCGACAUUUCGAGGGAGAAUGUAAUUUUAUCAAUUAGCAAAUUUGAUAAAAAUAUCUAAGAUUACUGUAGUGUUGCUUUUGGGAUUUAGGUCUUAGGUUGGAGAAAACUAUAUUUCUUGAAAGUCAACGUAUAUACGUAUGUACAUCUAACAGAAACCUGUUAUGGUUCAUCGCCAUCCGUGUUACACGGAAAACUAUUCUCAUUGCCCUAAAGAUGUCAAAAUAAAUCGACGAAACGUUGGCUUUCAAGAAUUUUUUUUUACCUUGGGCCUAAAUCCCAAAAACAACAUCACAGUAAUCUUUCAAAAGGUCCUAAAAUAACUAUGAAUAUUCUAUGAAAAAUCAUAUACUAUGUUCGAAGUUUUUGUGAUAUACCUACUAGGUUAUUGAAAAAACUUCCAUUAUCUUCGGAAGGAGGCUGUGGGCCGGUUGCAUAAGGCUCCUCAUUGACUUUGAUGAAUAAUUAACUCUCCUAAUACAGUAGCUAAGACAUAAUAUGUUGCCAUGAAUAUAAACAAACUAAAUAUUUAAUCAUAUAUCUGUCAAAUACUUUAUGUAACAGGCCCUGAUGUAACUCUUCCCAAAAAUAUUAAUUUUUCCAUGAUUAUCAAAGUUACUCGGCAUUCAAUACGGAUUUAUAAAAAUGAUCCCAAAAUGUUCUAGAGAUAUGAGGAAUAAUUUGUGAUAGAAGUAAUCCUAGAAUGAUUACAGUUUUUCAAUUUGUUUGGAUACUUAUUAUUUCAAAAUCUAGGCAAACAUUAUUCAUUCAAUCGAUUUCAAUAUUGAUACUUUUUUCACUAUUUUCAUUUAAAGGGGCCAAUACUAUUAUAAAUAUUAUUUUUCCAAGUAAUGAUGAUUUUGGGAUUCAAAUCUUUGGCCUUCUGACUAUUUCCCAGAUAUUAAAUAUUGAACCAAUCAUAAAUUGCAAAUAUGUUCCUGGGAAACUUGCAGCCAUAGAUAACUUGCCAAGUCCAUAACAUAAUAUGUCAUACAAAAAUAUAUAGCUAAGAAUAAUAUGUGGGAAAUAGUCUGAUUGAUGUACAUAGUUAAUCUUAGCUAAUAUUCAAUGUGCAAGAACACCAAUAAUUUUAUUUUUAUAUAAAUUAUAUUUUUCUAGAUCUUAGAUAUUGUAUAUCAUGAAAAUCAUUCUUUAAAACAGUAGAAAUCAAACAAAGCAUCUAUUAAUAGUGUACAACCUUUGCAAAUUCCUAUUGUUCAGUUUUAUUCAGUUUCA